UCUCUACUCCUCAACGAUGUAAUUAUUUCAUCUCUUAAUUUCAUCUUCCCUUCAUUCAUUUUUUCAUCGAGUUUAACGGCUACUUCUUGCUCAGUGUUUCUUACAAAUUUGUUUUUGAGAUUCACAUUAUAUAUAUACAUAUACACGUAUACAUAAGCAAGCAUACGAUUAAUGGCUCCUAAAGCGGGAAAGACUAAACCUCACAAAGCCAAAGGAGACAAGAAGAAGAAAGAAGAGAAAGUUUUACCAACUGUGAUAGAAAUAAGUGUAGAGACACUUGAGGAUUCACAGGUGACAUUAAAGGGAAUAUCAACAGAUAAAAUCCUAGAUGUCAGAAAGCUAUUGGCUGUCAAUGUUGACACGUGUUACUUGACCAAUUAUUCUCUGACCCACGAGGUCCGCGGUGCAAGCUUAAAUGAUUCAGUGGAGGUUGCGACUCUCAAACCAACUCAGCUUACCAUUGUUGAAGAGGCGUACACGGAACGGCAAGCUGUGGAUCAUAUUAGACGGCUUUUGGAUAUUGUCGCCUGCACUACCUACUUUGGGGAUUCACUCCGAACCGGAUCAAAAACCGGUACUAAAGAAUCCGGUUCACCUGAAUCGAAUUCCGGUUCACAUGAUUUCUCUCCGAAUCCCAAAUUCACCGUUUCGCCCGGGAAGCCGGAGGUUUCGGCCGUCGCAACCGGACCAGAUGCGGCGUCGGUGUUGUACCCUCCGCCAAGGCUACGGAAGUUCUACGACUUCUUCUCGUUCUCUCACCUCACCCCACCUAUUCAAUAUAUUAGGAGAUCAAGUCGACCGUUCCUUGAGGAGAAAACAGAUGAGGAUCUGUUUCAAAUUGACGUGCGUAUUUGCACCGGGAAGCCAACAACAAUAGUUGCCUCUCGAAAAGGUUUUUAUCCAGCCGGAAAGCGUAAUCUUGUAAGCCACUCAUUAGCUGGUCUUUUGAAGCAGAUAAGCAGAACUUUUUAUUCUGCAUUUAAGGCUCUGAUGAAAGCUUUCACCGAGCACAACAAAUUCGGUAAUCUUCCGUAUGGUUUUCGAGCAAACACUUGGUUAGUACCCUCUGUUGUUUCUGAGAAUCCCUCUAUAUUCCCUCCCCUUCCUAUUGAAGAUGAGAGUUGGGGAGGAAGUGGAGGCGGACAAGGAAGAGACGGGAAGCACGACUACAGGCCAUGGGCAAAGGAGCUCGCUAUCUUGGCAGCAAUGCCAUGUAAAACAUCUGAGGAGCGUCAGCUAAGAGAUAGGAAAGCCUUUCUCCUUCACAGUUUACUUGUUGAUGUUUCGGUUUUCAAAGCUGUUGCUGCAAUAAACCAUCUAAUAGAAAACAAUCAGCAGUCUGCGAGUUAUCCUGGUUCAUCAAUAUUACAUGAGGAAAGAAUUGGAGAUCUACUCAUUAGCGUAGCAAAAGAUCCCCCAGAUGGAAGCACCAAGUUGGAUAGCAAAAAUGAUGGGAGCAAGGUUCUUGGAAUUACACAUGAAGAAGUAACUCAAAGAAACUUGCUAAAAGGCAUAACUGCUGAUGAAAAUGCAACCGUACAUGAUACUUCUACUUUAGGUGUUGUCAUUGUUAGACAUUGUGGACACACAGCCAUUGUUAAAGUUGCAGCUGUGGUAAAUUGGAAUGGCGAAGCCAUUCCUCAGGAUAUUGACAUUGAAGACCAUCCUGAAGGAGGAGCCAAUGCUUUAAAUAUCAAUAGCUUGAGAAUGCAGUUGCACAAAGCCACACCCCAAUCACCCAACACAGUUCAAAGAGUUCCGAAUGCUGAUCUGAAAGAAUUACGCUCCAGUUGGCCUUUGGUAAGGCAGGUGCUAACCGAGAGUCUAAAGACACUUCAGGGUGAUGAUUCGACACUUAAAAAAUCCAUUAGAUGGGAGCUUGGCGCAUGUUGGGUGCAACACUUGCAAAAUCAGGCUUCGGGUAAAGAUGAGGCUAAAAAGAAUGAAGACGUCAAAGUUGAGCCAGCUGUCAAGGGUCUUGGAAAGAACGGUGGACUGCUGAAGGAUAUAAAAAAGAAGUCAGGCGAUCAAAUAAAUAUAUCUGACCCCAACAAGGAAAUUUCUGCUAAUUGCAAUUCUGAUUCAAACAAGGACAUUGAAAAGGAUGACAAGGAGAUUAUAUGGAGAAAUUUGCUUCCCGAAUCAUCAUAUUUGCGCCUUAAAGAAUCAGAAACUGGUCUUCACCUUAAGUCACCUGAAGAGUUGAUUGAAAUGGCACACAAAUAUUAUGCUGAAACGGCCCUUCCAAAAUUGGUUGCUGAUUUCGGGUCACUCGAACUUUCACCGGUUGAUGGUCGGACGCUGACAGAUUUCAUGCAUACCAGGGGUUUGCAGAUGUGCUCCUUGGGCCGUGUGGUUGAACUAGCAGACAAGCUCCCUCAUGUUCAGUCCCUUUGUGUUCACGAGAUGGUUGUUCGAGCAUAUAAGCAUAUCCUUCAGGCUGUUUUAGCUGCAGUUGAUGAUAUUGCUAAUAUGGCUUCAGCUAUUGCUUCUUGUUUGAAUUUGUUGCUGGGGACACCUGCUGCAAAAAGCGGCGAUGCAGAUGUAAAUAAUGAUGAUGAAUUGAAGUGGAAGUGGGUCGAGACAUUCCUUUUCAAGAGGUUUGGCUGGCAAUGGAAGGAUGAGGCACGCAGUGAUUUAAGAAAGUUUGCUAUUCUUCGAGGACUCUGCCACAAGACUGGGCUUGAACUUGUUCCAAGAGACUAUGAUAUGGACUCUCCCUUCCCAUUCAAAAAAUCAGAUAUAAUCAGCAUGGUGCCUGUUUAUAAACACGUCGCUUGCUCAUCUGCUGACGGACGCACACUUCUGGAAUCAUCGAAGACUUCCUUGGACAAGGGAAAACUGGAGGAUGCGGUUAAUUAUGGAACAAAGGCACUCUCGAAACUGGCUUCUGUCUGUGGCCCUUAUCAUCGAAUGACAGCAGGGGCAUAUAGUCUGUUGGCUGUGGUGCUCUACCACACAGGGGAUUUUAAUCAGGCCACCAUUUACCAGCAAAAAGCUUUAGAUAUCAAUGAGAGAGAGCUUGGUCUGGAUCAUCCAGACACAAUGAAAAGCUAUGGAGAUUUAGCUGUCUUCUACUAUAGACUCCAACACACUGAGCUGGCACUGAAAUAUGUCAACCGUGCAUUGUAUCUACUGCAUCUAACUUGCGGCCCUUCUCACCCAAAUACUGCUGCCACCUAUAUCAACGUAGCUAUGAUGGAAGAAGGUCUGGGGAAUGUCCAUGUUGCUCUUAGAUAUCUCCAUGAGGCUCUCAAGUGUAACCAAAGACUUCUGGGAGCUGAUCAUAUACAAACAGCGGCUAGCUAUCAUGCUAUUGCAAUCGCUCUCUCGUUGAUGGAAGCAUAUUCCCUAAGUGUUCAACACGAACAGACCACACUUCAGAUACUACAGGCUAAACUAGGAUCAGAAGAUCUACGUACACAGGAUGCAGCUGCAUGGCUAGAAUACUUUGAGUCCAAGGCGCUGGAGCAGCAAGAAGCUUCACGCAAUGGAACUCCAAAACCAGAUGCCUCUAUUUCUAGCAAAGGCCAUUUGAGUGUUUCGGACCUUUUGGACUACAUAACCCCUGAUGCAGAGAUGAAAGCAAGAGAAGCCCAAAAGAAGCAAGCUCGUGCCAAGCUUAAGGGAAAAGUUAGUCCAAACUCAGAAACAGUGGAUGAAUAUCAAAAUGGUGAGCUCACAUUGGAAAGUGAACCUGUUGCAGAGAACUCCAGUGAUAAAGAAAAUAGAUCUGGAUUGGAAAACAAAUUUGAGGCACAAUUUGUGGACACGAUUAAGAAAACUGAUUCAUUUCUAGAAGAUAAAACAUUGUUGGACCAAAAUGAUAGCAUUGGGAAGGAGGAUAUCUCUGAAGAAGGAUGGCAAGAGGCUAAGGGGCGCUCUCUUAUAGGCCGCAGGCCCUCUGCUUCCAAGAGGCCGAGCCUUGCAAAAUUGAACACUAACUCUCUGGUUGCUUCUCAUCCGUCUAAGUCCAGAGGUAAACCAAGUAGUUUCAGCUCUCCUAAAACAAGUCCAAAUGAAAAUGUAGCUUCAUCUGGCCCAGCUCCACAGGGUCCUAAAAAGUUUGUCAAGAGUGCUAGCUUAAAGCUGAAGCAGAACAAUCCUUCUACACCAGCUAGUAGUGCCAAAGCAAAAUCGGCCAAUGCAAAAUCGGCUCCUAAUACUCCAAGCCCAGCUUGUGGUGAAGUUGCUAAAGCUUCUAUUGCUAGUUCAGUAAGCGUCCAUGCUGCUGGAAAGCUUUUCUCAUACAAAGAGGUAGCUUUAGCUCCACCAGGUACCAUUGUUAAGGCUGUUGCGGAGCAAAAUUAUGGGGAGAGCUCUGCAGAAGAAAAUCUGCAGGUGAUCAAGGAGACGAGUAGGCCCGAUCCAACAGUAUCAAUAUCAAAGAAAGUGGAGGCAGAUCAAACUCAAAAACUUGUGGUUGAGGUAAGUGAGAUGAAUAGAAAUAGAAAGGAGGAAGAUCAACGUGCGACUAAAGGUGCUUUUGAAAAUUCCAAUGAUGCUGUAACUGAUAGUGAACUAGAAAUGUCAGUUCAAACAGUGGAAGCUGACAAUGGGCACGAAUCAAGCUCAGGACCUGAAACGCAAGUGAUGACCGAACUUGAAUCUCCAUCAGACUCUAGGGGUACUGGCACUCAGUUGGAGGUUCAUAAUGCCUCUGGUUUGAAAGAAAAGGUGGAGGAGGAAGAGAAGAAGGCUGAUUCAUGUAACGGAAAUGAAAGUGUAGGUUUGCUGACAGAUGAGGAAGCGAACCAAGUUAAUGGAAGUGUUGCUCCGUCGCCCACUGAAGCUGAAAAGCAAGUUGAUACAGAGAUUUAUAAGGAAACAUCCAAGAAAUUAUCUGCUGCAGCUCCUCCAUAUACUCCGUCAACAGUUCCAGUUUUUGGCUCUAUAACCCUACCUGGAUAUACAGAGCACGGUGGAAUAUUGCCACCUCCAGUAAAUAUAGCACCUGUGCUUACAGUUAACCCUGCCCGUAGAUCACCACAUCAAUCUGCUACUGCUAGAGUUCCAUAUGGUCCUCGCCUAUCAGGUGGCUUUAACAGAUCUGGUAGCCGUGUCCCACGGAAUAGGCCUGCUUUCUACAAUGCUGAAAACAAUGGGGACCCAAAUCACUUCAACCCUCCAAGAAUAAUGAACCCACAUGCAAAUGAGUUUGUACCUGGUCAAUUAUGGGUUACAAAUGGCUAUUCAGUUUCCUCAAAUGGUUAUAUUGCUACACAAAACUGUGUUCCUUUUACCUCUCUGUCACCAAAUGGGGUAGCAAUAGCACAUGAUGGCUUCCCACUGUUACCAAAUGGUACACCCAAAACUCAAGAUGGCCUCCCACCGUUACCAAAUGGUACACCCGAAACUCAAGAUGGCCUCCCAGUAUCUUCAGUAGAUCCAACAGAUUCUCCUGCAGAAGAGAAUACUGAAGCUGAUGAAGAAGUCAGCCAUUGUGCCGUGUCAGAGGGGAAUGGACAGAAAUCAUCAAUCUACUCAACAACCAUCCAUUCAGAAACAACAAAAGUACAGGAAAAUGUUAAUGAAGAAACUCAUUCUGAACAGACAGUAGAGAAUAAUGAUUGUCAACCUGCAGGAGAGUGUACCAACGCAGAUGCAGAAUCUCCAGAUUUUAGGAGUACGGACACGGUGGCUGUAGAAGGAAAGACAAUCAAACGUUGGGGUGAUUACAGUGAUGGAGAAGCAGAUGUUGCUGAGGCAGCAAAUUAGAAGGCUGUAUAUAUUUAGUUAGACAAGUCCCCUCUUAAUCAGAGAACGUUUCUUCCCUCUUGGUGAAAGUUCUGUAUGAAUCCAGGAGAUGCAGUUUGAUAUCGUUCUAGCUCAUUUGUUGAAACAUCAUCAAGUCAGGCAUUCAACAGAGAGUUUUGAUUUUGAAGAAGUGAUGCAACAAUCUGCCGACAGCUCAAACACUUUUCCGCGCCUUGCUUCAAGUUUUGUAAUAUUAAAGUUUUGAAGAGACACCAACUCCUCUUGUAAUAACUAGACAUAGAUUCCAAUGCUGCUUUUGCAUGAAACUGCUCAUUUUCAGCUUCCCUACAAGUAGGAAAACUUAAAAGAGAAAACAAACAACAGGAGUUUGAGUUAGCCUCUAGAAUCUCUCUACAUGGUUUUAAAGAAAUUUACGGGCAAAAUCUCAGGCCAGCAAGCUGCAGCGGGAGUCCAUGAUCAUGAAUAAGGCUGGCGGUGCAGUGAGCAACGCCGGUAGAAGAAGCGCAGCGCCAGUAGGGUUGGUCUGCAAACUAUCAUGAGGGAGGGCCCAGAAGCAGUGGAAAACGCCAGAAAAUUGUAAGUACAAUUCAACUAACUAAAUGCUUGGAACAUUUUCUCUAAUUUAUCAUCCGAAAAAAUACUAAUGCACAGUUUUCGGCCAACAAUGUUAAUUUUUUAAAAUGAAGGAACAGUUACAAGAUUAAUUAGGAAAAAUUUCAUUUAAAUCAUAUAUUCUCAUACAAAUAAAAUUAUAUUCCCUCCGUCCCACAAGAAUAUGCACUUUUGGUUGGGCACGGAUUUUAAUGUACAAUUGGUAGAGGAAGAGAUAAGUAGAAAGAAAAAGUAAUUAAAGUAUUGUUAGUGGGGAAUGCGUCCCAUCUAAUGCUCAUUAGAGAGAAAAGAGUUUCCAAAUUUAGAAAAUGCAUAUUUUUGUAGGACGGACUAAAACGAAAAGAGUGCAUAUUCUUGUGGGACGGAGGGAGUAAUAACUUUUGUACCUUUGUAAUUAUAUUUUCAUCAUUUACAUAAUAUCAUCUAGGAAAUCGACCAUCAUAAUGUAGAACAAUCUCAAGUUAAUUUUAUCGAAAAUUUAAUCAUCAAAAGGUACAAAAGUUAUGGUUUAAUUUGCUAGUUUUAAAAAUCCUUCAUUUAACAUUGACACUAUGAUGGAUACGAGUACUUCACGACCAUUCUUGUGAAUGAAACGUACGGAAGUUAGUUGAUUAUGCAAAAAGGCAGUUAAUUUCGGUAUGUGGAAGCAGUCGGGUUUGAUGGUUUGUUGGCCGUGAUUAUAGUGAGGAGAGUGUGUUGGCUGUGUUAUGAAUUGGCAGUGUACAGACACCUCAUGUUUGUCUUUUCUUAUUGGUUGCAACAUUGUUUCUUAGUAUUAGUUGGCA